AUGGGAGCCAUCACUUACGAUCACACCUCCCCGAUCCCACCAGCAAAGCUCUUCAACAUCAUCCUUGAUGCUGAUAAACUCAUUCCCAGAAUCUUGCCUCAGGCCGUAAAGAGUGUCGAUAUCCUCCAAGGCGAUGGUCAUCAGACUGGAACCAUCUAUGCAGCGCAGUUUGGUGAAGGAAGCCCACACAAUAGUGUGAAGAUCCAUGUUGAUGAGGUAGACGAGGAGAACUUCAUCUACAAAUACACCGUGAUUGAGGGAGAUGCUCUGCAGGAUGUGAUUGAAAAAAUCGCUUUCGAGGUUCAAAUCCUACCCACUACUGAUGGUGGAUCUGCUGAUGGUGGAUCCAUUAUCAGCAUAAACAGCACAUACUACACCAAGGGUGAUGCCGAGAUAACUGAAGAUGUCCAAGAAAUUAUCAAGUCUGGGAAAGAAAUUGCUGGUGGAAUCUUGUUCGAGGCUCUUGAUGCUUACCUCUCUGCCUACCCAAAUGCCUACUAA